GUUAGGAGGAUCUACAGCACAUGGCGGAAAACGUGGAGUUUUUAGCCCACCAUCUAAAGGGACUGAUGGCAAAUUCUUACAUGGGCCCAUGGGCGGACGGACGCAUGGAUAAGGAAGCAUGCCGCUCCCAGCAGAUUGGAAACGGUAAAGCCCUGGAGGAGCCGGUGGCAAGGAAGCAAACGAGCCACAAGGACAUGGACGAGGCAGGAAGGCGCCACGAACCCCCAAAGGAAGGGCAGGAAGAGAGUGAAUCGCAUGUGUCCGUGCUCAGCCGUAUGCGUGUGCCCGCCAAAGAUUGGUUGCAUGGUCGAAGGAACACCAUCGCCCGUGACUGGGAAGGCAAGGUAAGGAUGCCAUAUGAGGAACAGUACGGACGUCACCGGGACGCACAGCCUGAAAGGUGUAUCCCUCAAGCUGAACAACCUAUCCACGAUCUUCUCUUCAAGCUACCGCAUGGGGCACCUGAAAGGGCAGAUGGGGAUGGGGGGACGCCCUGAGGGACGAAUGGAUCAAAUUCCUCUUACAAAGGAUAGACACACUUGAGAAAAGGAACGAGCGUGGAUACGCCCAUCACCGGUUGGACUCGAUCCGAGUCGAGAUCUGGGUGGAAUACACCCAUCAAUACUACUCCAUAUAGGUGCUGCUUAAAAUUCAGAUUUAAAAAAAAAACGAAAACAAUGAACUAUGAAGAUAAGU